CUUCUCGCGUCAUGGCACGUGUCUGGGUUUUAGCUCUCUGUGUGAGCACCGUUAUAGCUGAUACGACCACAACAAUCCCGGAUUAUUUCCAGACCAGUUUCGGACCAUAUGCCGGGGGAUAUGAAACCGGACGAGUACCGUUCCUGGCACAGACAAAUCCAGCACUAUCGGCUCAACCUACCUACGUUCCCAAUGGACCUUUGGUGACCGACAUCCCCGUCCCUGAUAAACCAGAGGGGGCUAGUAUCUUCUCUCAUAUGGGAAAUUUGAGCCCUUACCGGCCAAAUGCUGAUGGAUUCGGCGUCGAUGAAUACGCGUUGCCUUACGGAUCUAAUAUUACCCAAAUACACAUGGUUCAUCGUCAUGGAUCUCGGUAUCCAACCUCUAAGCCAGGUGUCGUUGACAGAAUCAAUGGCUUUAUUGAGAACGGCACGGUCUUUACGGGCAACCUGUCUUUUCUGAAUAGUUGGACCUACCAGCUCGGCGAGAAUGAAUUAACGGUUCGUGGGCGUCAAGAACUGUUUGAUAGCGGUAUUCUUCAUUAUUACAACUAUGGCCAACUAUAUAACCCAGGUUCAAACCUGAUCGCUCGCACUACAACUAUGGUCCGGAUGCUCCAGUCUGCAGAGUCUUUCUUGUAUGGGUUCUUUGGCUCCAAAUGGACCCAGAAUGUAACCCUCGAGGCAAUAAUCGAUUCAACAGGAUUUAACAAUAGCAUGGGUGGUGAUCAAAUGUGUACAAAUGCUGGGAACGGACGUGGCCAGACGUCUGGUUCAGCAACUGACCAAUGGAAAUCUAUCUAUCUCCAAGAUGCGACAUUACGCUUCCAGAACCAAUCCAGCGGUAGAAGUGCAAACUGGACGGUGGACGACUUAAAUGACGUACAGUCAUUGUGUGCGUAUGAAACGUCUGCCUUUGGUUACAGCCCGUUCUGUCUUCUCUUCACCUGGGAUGAGUGGCUCGGAUUUGAGUACACAUUGGAUAUUCAAUUCUACGGAAACAAUGGAUUUGCUUCACCCGUUGGUCGAGCAAUAGGGCUAGGUUUUGUUGAGGAACUGAUAGCCAGAUUGAUCCAGCACCUGCCAGACCCGCCAGAUGAUUCAAUCGCUUUCAACACAACACUUGAUGACAAUAAUUCCACAUUUCCUCUUAACCAGACUAUAUAUUUUGAUUUCAGUCAUGACACCGAGAUUUUCUCGAUGAUGACGGCUCUAGGGCUAUCCAAAUUUGGAAAAUAUCUUUCGCCCACUGAGCUGGCUACAAAUCGUUCUCUAGUAGUGAGCAACAUAACUCCCUUCGGUGGCUACUUCCUGUUUGAGGUUAUCAAAGCCCCCUACCCUGUUCUAGAUCAACGACCGCGGAACUCGAGUGACUCUCCGUAUGACACCUCUGGAAACAGCACAAGCUACGUACAUAUGAUAAUGAAUCAGCGAACUAUUCCGCUUGGAGAGAGUAUACCUGACUGUGGAGCACGUGACGAUGGCUGGUGUGAAUUGCAAACAUUUAUCAACUUUCAACAGCAAAAUGUUGAUAAAGCCAACUACAAUGCCAGCUGCUUUGGUGACUACUCUACCCCAGGCUACGGAAAUAUUACGGAUGGGGCUAUCCCAAAUUCAUAAGUAUGAACCGAACUCAUUAGUCCUUUUGCAGACUCUAGUCCUCAGUAGCCUUGCAAUAACUGAGGACUACAUAUGAUUGCAGACUUUGGACAAAUAAGUAUCUGGCGGGUAAAAUUGUUGGUGGUACUGAAUCUUCCUUUCAUAUCAUAA